CAGGAAUUUAAAUUUUAAAAUUUUAAAAUGAAACUGAAACUGAAUGCGAGAUGUGUAAUUAGUGUCGUUGUAUUUUUGAUAAUGAACUCAAAUACAACAGUAUUCAAUGUAAAUGGCAGUGCACAGAAUUUCACAUUCAUUUAUCGUGAUUAUCUUCGAAAUAUGGUUGUUAUAAUGGAUCGCAAUGUGGAGCCGUGCGAAGACUUUUUUCGACAUGCUUGUGGUAAUUUUGAACAUUUUCAAAAUGGUGAAAUAUCACCAGAUAAAGAAAGUGAAGAGCCAGGUGACUUUUCGGAAAGUGAUCGAGAUGUUGUACCGUUUCUGUACAAUAAACAAGACUAUUAUACCUUCUUUGAGACACACAAACAAAACUUUGGCACAAUACCCGGUAUUUUGGUGCGAAAUGUGUACGAUCUGUGUAAAUAUUCACAAAAAGAUGAAAAAGGCAAACGUAAAAUAUGGCGGCGUAUGAUACAUGAUAUACCAUUUUUAAGACAUGAUCAUGACCUUUUGAGAAAAUGGCCAUUUCUGCAAUACCAAUGGGAAAUGUAUGGCCAACAGUUGGAUUUGAGUUGGCCAAUCUUGGCGGCUGAGUUCAGUGCUCAUGGCUUAAAUACAUUUUUUAACGUAUUCUUUGCUGAAAAUACCAUAUACGUAACACCAAAUGAUGAGCUUUACUGUCCCGAUCUAAAUGAAUUUAAAAUGAGUAUAUUGCCGCUCUUGCGAAAACGUAAUGCUCAAAUAGCGGACAUCAUUGGUGGAGAACUUUGGCUGCUAUGUCGCCAGCUAAAAGGAGAAGUGGCCAUAUCAGGCGAACUCGAUAAUGUUACAAAUCUGUUGGUAGACGAUACAAUGAGUGAAUAUUUCCAACGACUAUUCAUACGUUUAAAUUUUACCGAAUUGGAGAUUGAAAAUGCACGCAAAAUUUUAGUUUACAUAGACAAAUUAAACGAGACCAUGGCACUACUACAUUACACGAAUCCUCGUAUUGUAUAUAAUUUUAUACUUUGGCAAGGUUAUCAACAAAUCCAAAAUACCGAUGACUGUUUCUCCUUGACUCAGGAAUUCGAUAGUCUGCUACAAGUGGAAUACUGGAAUUGGUAUGCUUUCGAUCAACACUUUAGCCGAAAUGUUGCAAUGGCCUUGUAUCUCUUUCACACCACACGAUUCCAGAAGCAUUACCGACAAUUUGUUACCAGUACAUCGUGGGAACGUUUGUUUCAGCAUCGUUCACAGCGCAAAGAUUUAAAUAUUGAACGAACUAUUAAAAACUAUACCAAGCAAUAUUUAGAUAUUGAAAAAUAUACUUCUGCAUUCAAGUCGGAACUCUUUUCAAACGAAAAACCAACAUUUUACUCCCAUCUUUUGGAACUAAGACGGCUCAAAUUACGCUCUACAUUCCUAAAUCCCCAUGAGGAUUCCGAUACAGAAGAUUUGAACUUUUUCAAAGAGUUUAUAAACUUUUCCAUUCUGCUGCUGUAUCGACCACGCCUUCAUUAUUUUGCCUCCUAUGCACGUGAAAUGUGGCUAAAUUCAAAAGUGUUGGAAAAUUCUGAUGGUUUUUAUGCAGCUUUAGAUUGUUUGAUGCAUCAAACGGCUCUAAAUAUGGAAGAUUCUGAUCUGUACGAUGAUCUUAGUAUGGAUCAGGUUAAGGACAUUUUCAACUUUUAUACUGCUUUUAUCGAGGCACUGGCAGAUUAUAAAUUCUGGUUGGAGAGUGAAAAUUUCGCAAUUGCUGAAGAUUUUAUUUUGGAAUAUUUUAAACUGGAUUCAUUGCGUGUUGUGUUCUAUGCAGUGGCUCAGCAGUUUUGUGGCCGCAACGAUGCUGCCUAUAGUACAUUGAUUAAUCGUAGUUACAUGAAUAUGCCACAGUUUCAGACGGCAUUCAAAUGCGAGUCUAUCGAUGAAAUGAAUCCCAUAACAAAAUGUAUGAUAAACCAGUGUUUAUGAAAUUGUAGUAAUGUAACUAAUUUUAAACAUAUUUAUUUAUAAACUCGUAUAUAAGUUAUUUAAGUAUAAUUAAUUGAAGUUAAUAAAUCCAAAUAUUUAAAAUAUUUAAAUGGUUUAAUAAAGAAAAACUACCUGAAAAAAAAGAAAUUUUACAUACAAAUAAA